GAAUCUCAAACACGAAAUUGUGACUGGUGUAAGAAAGAACUGAGCCCUGGUGGAAUGGUUUUAAAGUCAAGUGAAGCUGGGAAAGAAUAUUGUUCUACGGAAUGUUUAGGGAAAUGGCUUGCUGUAGAACACAAACAAGAUUUAUAUCCUGAGGCAGAUAAUACAGAAAAGAAAACAGCCAAUGGCAGUACGAGUACACCAUCUACAGAGUCCACAUCUAAUCCCAAAAUUCAAAAGCUUCUAACUUUGUGUUCAUCAGCUAAUUUAUUGAUACCAUUUCCUUCCAUCUGCAAAGACUAUGCAGUUUCACCUGAAAAUGAAGUAGUUGAAAAUGGUAGUAUUAAACCUGAAUCCCGAAGCUCAUCACCUCAGCUGAUUGUGCCUGAUGAGGUUUACCCUGAAGCUAUUUUGGAAACAAUUGAUUCUGAUCCUGAUAAUAUUGAAUCUGGUCCUGAAAUUGAAAUGGAAGAUAUUGAAAAAAAGUCAACAUGUGAUCAAGAAGUCAUGUGCCAGCCAGUAAUGACUUCUCUUGCUAUAUCAUGCAAGCCUAUUUUAAAAAGUCAAGGUAUUCAAACAGAUUUCAGCUCGUAUUUCUCAGACAGUAUUUUUGGAAAAGAUGGCUUCUAUCCUAAAUAUACAAUUAAUAGCAGUUGCUGUAGCAAAGAUGAUAUUGAUGAAUCUGAUGUCAUAGAAGAACACUCUGUUUUGAAUGGUGAUACGUUUGAAUGUUUCGAUGAUGCUCAGGACACAAAUUCUCUUUGGAUGUCUGUUGAAGAAUGUGAUGAUGAACAAGAAAAUGCAGAAUUAAUUCCACCAGCUUCUCUUGACAAAAUUGAAGAACCACUCAUUGCAGAACCAUUAUCUAGUGUCUAUUCUCAUCGGGGAAGAACUACAAAACGUACCACAUGGGAUGAAAUAGCUCAAAGAAGCAAAUUACAGACGCUGUGGGGUGUUAAAGUCUUCAGAG